CCCUCUCUCUAUCGAUCAGUCAUCGUGGUCGUUGCCGUCGUAGUCGACGUAAUUGUUAUCGAUCCCGACUCUUUAUCGCCGCGGAAACAAAGAGCUUUUUUUUAAUCAAAUAGUAUGUCAGGGGAUUAAACGAAACGCGUAUGGUUUAUCUGGCUUUAGUUUUUUCGAUGCAACGAGCUAACCGAGAGCGUUAUUCUCGACUGAUAAGAUCUAUGCGCAGGGACACUAGCGAAAUCGAUCAGUCGAGUCUGAUAUCUCGCUGAGAUACCGCGAUCGAAAGACUAAAGUCGCUUUAUGGCCUUCUUAGCGCUUUAUGAAUGUAAUAAAAGUUCGUAGGGGAAUAGUCCGGAAAGUUUUUUAGGAGUCGAUUUGUAAAAGGACCAAGGAUGUCUUUGAAGAGCUUUCGAAGCGGUUUCACGGUGAAACUAAAGAAAGAAAAACAGCCAAGCAAGACGACGAGCGGUCAGGAUUGCAUCGACAAGGAUUGCUAUCGAGAGACGACCAAGUUGCGGAAACACGCCGUCGUCGGUGAGCUCGAAGACACGAAAAUGGCGAUAUCGACCUACGAGAAAAGUUCACGAUCGAGGGAGCUCAUAAAGCGCGCAAUUUCGCAAAAUAAAUUUCUCGGAAAUCUAAGAGCGCUCGACAUCGAGCAGCUCACGUCCGCGAUGCAACCGCAAGAAGUCUUGCCUAAUACCAGACUCAUUAACGAGGGCGAGAUAGGCUCGCAUCUGUACGUCUCGGAAAAGGGCACUUUUGAGAUUUACGUGGGAAAAACGUAUCACGGAAAAUUCGGAGCCGGAGUCGCUUUCGGCGAACUCGCCUUGCUCUACAAUACCAAGAGAUUGUGCUCCAUAGAUGUACAGACGAACGGGAAGGUUUGGGUACUCGACAGAAAGAGCUUUUGCGCCAUAAUAUGGAGAUCCAUGAAGGAAUCCACGGAGUACAAUCUCCAAGUGCUUCGGCAGAUCGAGAUUCUGAAGGAGCUGCCGGAGGAAGUGCUCUCGAAGAUGUCCGAUCUAAUAGUCGUGGAAUUCUUCCGAGGCAACACCCACAUUUUCCGCGAAGGCGAGCCGGGUGACAAGUUCUACAUAGUUAACGGCGGCAACGUAAAGAUCACCAAGAAGAAAUCGUACGGGGCUGACGACGAGCUCAUUAUCCUCGAGAAGGGCGAUUACUUCGGCGAGAAGGCGCUUUACGGGGACGAGUGCCGUCGACAGGCGAACGCCAUAGCUCUGCCGCCUGGCGCCGAAUGUUACACCAUCGAUAGGCAGUCGUUCAUAGAUUACCUCGGCGAGUUGGAGUCGAUCAAGAACAAGAUAUGGAAGAUCAACAGAAAUCCGGCCGUGAAGGACAAUUGGAAGGAAGAAUUUAAAGAUCUGACCCUGGCCGAUAUGGAAAUCGAGGGUACGAUCGGCAAAGGUGGUUACGGGAGGGUAGAAUUGGUGACGAUCGACUCGAUGUCGAGUAUAAGUUUUGCGAGGAAGAAAGUCAGGAAGAGCAUGAUCACGAGAAUGAAGUUACAAAAAUUGAUCUACAAUGAAAAGUACAACCUGAUGGCUUGCGAUUCUCCUUUCAUUUGCAGAUUGUUACGAACGUUCAAAGACAAGAGAUAUCUUUAUUUCCUCAUGGAGGUCUGCCUCGGCGGGGAUCUACGAACGGCGUUGCAGAGAAAAGUUCGUUUCGCGUCUUCCGAGGCAAAGUUCGUCGUCGCUUGCGUCCUCGAGGGCAUCGAUCACCUGCACUCUCUCGGCAUCGUUUACAGAGACCUCAAACCCGAGAACAUAUUGUUCGACCAGAACGGUUACAUGAAACUCGCCGACCUUGGAUCGAGCAAAUUCAUUGGCCCUUACAAGACUAUGACGUACGUCGGUACUAUCGAGUAUUUAGCUCCGGAAGUCAUUCAGAGUUUGGGAUACAAUAGGGCCGCCGACUAUUGGUCGUUGGGUAUCGUCGUCUACGAGUUGUUGCUAGGUUGGACUCCGUUUCAAGGUAUCAACGAGGUCGAAGUAGGUAACAAUAUCAUCGCGGGUAUCGAGGCGAUUGAAAUGCCAAAGAUACUUUCCAACUCGGCCAAAGAUAUUAUUCAACGUUUGCUCAAGGCAGAUCCUACGAAAAGACUCGGUUACUUGCGAAACGGUGCCACGGAUGUUCGUCAUCACAGAUGGUUCAAGGAUAUAAAUUGGAGAUCGUUACAAAAUCUGUCCAUGUCCUCGCCCGUGAAACCCACGGUGAAGCAUCAUCUCGACAGAAGGAAUUUCGAGAGAUAUCCGAUCGAUCGCGACGUGGCACCAUUGGAUUUUUCAGAUUGGGACGAAAAUUUUUAAGGAAGGGCGCGACGAAACUCCCUUCGAGUUUCAUUCGUCUAUGACAAUUUAUUAUUAGAAUUAACUAAGUUAAGUCAAGUUUGCGACGUAAGAAGAGAGACGAGGAACUCGAUGGCGGACGGAUUUGAAGAAGGCACGUUUGACGCUCGAAGUGACUGCACCGCGACAACGUCCGACAGGGUUCGCGACGUUCGGCCAAUCGGAGAGACGACGAGCGCGCAUCGCGCUCGUGCGGCGCAAAGAGCGUACCACCCGGCGACCCCUUCCGUCGCCGUCGACCGAACUAUCAGUCCUACUGUCGAUGGUCGACGACGCUGUUGGCGAAUUGCAAAUGGCGUCACGUAAGGCGAUAUGAGCGUGCGUGUCCCGUGUAGUAACGCGUACGGACCUCGUCCGGGCGCGGUGCCUCGCGGCCCAGCCUGACGGCGACUCUUCUUUCGUUUGGAAGUGCGUGCUUUCGAUCGAUCAGUGAUUUCAUACUUUUAUCUUCCUUCCACGAUCGUUCCUUCUUUUCUUCCUUCUUCCCCUUCGUCUCGACGUCAUCUCCCUUCUCCUUCUUCUGCCUCUCCUUGAUGUCGUUGUUGUUAUUGUUAUCGUCGAAGAGAGGCGCGAUAAAAAGAAAGAGUGCCGCACGCAGAAAGUGUCGAUAGAGAAAGAAAGGAGGUGAGUCUGAGAUAUAGAGGAAGAUAGAAAGGAAGGCAAGAGUGCGUAUCUCUGUACGUAACGUCGUCUCUCGGAUCGAAGAGAAGAAAGAGAUAGCGAACGAAUUUUCUUUCGUACCAAGUGGCUACGAUACGUUCUCUCGCGAAGGAAGCCCCUUUAUCUUUCUCCCUCUCUCUUCCGCUUUUCCGUUCCUGCUUCUAGAUAACGCUCGCUUCUUUCGCGCGCUCGUUCAUUAUCUGGAAGGAAGAGAAGAGCCUGCUCCAAAGUCACAAAUAGCGCGUACAGCAGAGAGAGAGAGAGAGAGAGAGAGAGAGAGAGAGUGUGUGAGAUAGCAGAAACGUGGAGGAAUCUUGUAACUUUGUAACGAGCUGUUUUGUGACAGCUCGUUGAUUCGAGAUUUCGUUGUAAACAACUGUCAGAUGGCACGCUUGGAUCUCGUCGGUCGGUCCAGACAACGAAACGAUAGCGAUUGCAAUCGUAACGGCGGUGGGCAUAAUUGUUUCACGACAAGGCGAAAGACCUCGUCUUUCUUAAUCUUCCCGCGGACUGUAAAAACGUACGACGAAGCAAAGGUAUUUGUAACGGCAGGUACAAGACUUGAUGAGAAACUGGACUCGUAGACAAGGCGACUCAAGUUGUCGGUUGGACAAGUCAUAGUUUAAGAAACCAUUUCUGGGAUUGACGUUCCAGCAAACGGUCUACUCUUUAUAUUCCUAAAGAUAACAAUCAGAAUGUAUUUCUAUAAAACUCUUAUCGACUUUACGACAAGCACGGUUUAGCAUCGAGGGAAGAAACUAGACGCUUUGGUUCGAACGGACUUUGUUAAAACUUUAAUAGAAUCUUGUACGAAGGUCGAAGAGUUCUCCUUGAUCGUUAAAAGUUGUAUUUAUUUGUCACAAAGGAUUAAAAAGUUACAACUAGAUAAAA